GCUUGUCAUUCUGUCAUUCUUACAUAUGAAUCCAAAAUGUUAACUGACCACAAAAACUAAACAUUUAAUUAUCUUACCGUAAAUUUAAUUACGUUUGGCAUAUUAAGUACUUUAAGCAGUAUAUUUAAAUCGAGGAGUGGUUUCAAGAUUUUCAGUUGCAGAAGUUGAAAGUGUUGUAAACGUCCUAUUUGUGACAAUCCAGGAUUACAUGAUGAAUUCCAUAAACUUCUUUGCAAUCAUUUUUAUACUACUAGCAGCCAGUGGAAAUGUAUGUUCUAUGAUUAAAUCAGGACAUAUGACUCGAGAUUCACAUCCAAUGUUAGCAUCCUUGUUCAAUGUUGCCGACGAUAUUCGUAAUCUCCAAACACAAUCAACAGAACCGAAACUUGUCACAAAAGCAGGACAUCCGAGCAAUGGAAAGGGUCUCGUAAAAGAUACCGCUCAUCAAACAAUCAAAGCAGAACAAAAACACAUCGGAAACAGUGGGAUUGAAAUGAUAUUGGAUCCGGGCGUCCCCUUACAUACACCCACAAUCAAUCUUCAACCGGGAAGCGUAGGCGGGAUUGUGAAACCAGAAAUUUCUAGUCCAGUGCAUAACGGAGAUCAUUCAACAGGAUCGAAGGUUUCGGAUAUUGCAGCAGAUAUGAUGUGUGCUCUAUGCCGACAGCGAAGGGACGCCAAGUGCAUUUCCAUACAUUGUUGGAAUGAUGGAACCUCGAGUGUUUCUUCUGGAAUAGAACAGCCGCCUGUUGAGUUACGGCCAAUUCCUGUGUUGGGUGAUAAAUUUGAUUUUAGAAAGCAAAUUGACCGGCACGACUUAUUACAAUUAACGAACAUUAAUACGCCACUGGAGCAAAAUGCCCUGGAUAUUACCGGUUUAAAUCAGCCUUCUCUAAAUCAAGAAAACUCACAGAGGGGAAGUACAGCGCCGAUAUGGUUAAUGUCUGAUCAUUUGCUUGGUAUGCCACUGAACACUAUACCGGAUGUGCAAGGAGGUAAAGAUUUAGUACCCGCAACUGUCGUGGAGCAACUGAGUCCUAUUGAUAUAACAAGAAGUUCCAUUGCUACAAAUGACCCUCCUGUAUUAGAUAUUCGCCCGAUUGAUGUAAACGUGAACGGUCCUGUAGAAAAUACGGGAGUUGUGUCCAAUGUUGGAAACAUUGCUAGUCCUGUUCCGUCGGUAGAUCAACAGGUAGGAACAGCAACUCAUUUUAAUGGACAACAUAUUGGUAAUGUUAAUAAUCAACCACUGGACAUACCCACUGACUUUCUUAUUAGGUUGUUGGGGACUGAAGGACCAUCUUUUUCGCAAAAUUUAGAUACUAUAAUAAAUAUAGGAGAGCCCACCAAUCAACGUGACCCUACAACCAACAGUGUUGGAAAUAAAAUAAACAGUGGACAACCUUUUAUUCCAGUUGCAAGUGAUGUAUUUGCAAAUAAUAAACAUGGCAUAAGCAUAGGUUUUCCUCCUGGUUUUGUAGAAGAAAAUACAAUAAAUCCUCAAAAUAACGCAGAUACAUUUACCACAAUUCCCCAUAUACCUACCGCCAGUGAUAUAUUUCCAGAUGUGAGAAAUGAAAAGAAUCCAGCAAACAAACAUACACUUGUGGUCAAAGAGAGCGGUAAUACAGAAAAGGUAGCAGUUUUUAUUGGAAGUGAACCAGUUCUUAAUAAUGGUAUAAGUCUCUUUGAAACUAGAGGACAAAAUGCAAAUUCGAAACAAACAAAUGUACAACCUGUAGAUAUGCACAGCUCGGCACAUUCAGCUCACGGAAAUUCUCAUCAAAACAUAAAUGACAAACAUUCACCAGAUAACUCUCAUCAAAAUCUGAAUCACCAACAUUCACCAUUAGUGAAUGCAAACAAAGUUCAAAUGAAUACAGCGCAGCAAAGUGUGAAUACAAUAGAUAAUCUUAUGAACAAUAUGGCUUCUCAAGGACUUUCAACGACAAGACCGAUUCCAACUAUGAAUCCAGUGAGAAAAUCUGAGCUACAAAAUUGGUCAAAACAACUGUUAAAUAGAAUGCGCUUUUAAUAAGAUAUCAUUUAAUUCCUUGACAUUUUACUUACAUUUUCGGGACGUGUGAUUUAUACUUUUAAGAAGGCUUAUAAAGUAAUUUAUUAUAUAUGUUUCAAAUUGGUAGUUUUGGCUUACCAAGUUUGUCAAUGUUAUAUUGAGACAUUCUCAUUUAGGGAUAUGCUACAAGAUCAUCUGGCUUCUGAACAAAAUUAGUAUUCCUUUCUUGAACAAAAACAAAACAUUUAUCACGAAUUUUCAAAUUACUAAUGCUGUCGAAUGCGAUUUUUUAUUGUGUCUUAUUUUGCUGUUCAGAUAUCUUUUAACCUCAAACUCAGACCUUAAUGGGGCAGAAAUGCAGUUAAAUUUAGUAGCUUUGUGAAUUUCUCAACUCUUGUGCAACACAUUUUACAAAUAGAAUAAUCGUGCGGCUUUAAACAAGUGUAUAUACAAUGGGAUAUAUCUUAUUUAAUGAGGAAAUUACAACGUUGAAAAUAAAAACCUUCAGAAAUUAAUUGAUGUUGAACAUGUUCAAUGUUGUAACGCAUGUAAUGUCUCACAAGAUAUAAUAAUGAGUAAUCUAGUCAGUCAGGUAGUUUUAUCUUUGCUAGAAAUGGUUCCUUCUUGUCGUUUUAUGAUUGAUAUAGCGUAUAUUUGAUCGUAAAAUGCAGUCAGUUUUCCGUGUAUCGUUUGUUAACAACAAAUCUGAAGAGCAAGGGCAGCUAUUUUCUCCGACAAAGCCAGGAUCUUAGUUUAUUGAUCUGGGUUUGAAGACAGUAUAACCAAUUGGCCAGUUUCAAAGUUAAUGCUAAGAAAUAAUCGAUUAGAUGCUGGCGUUCUGAGACAGCUACAGCUUGUGUACAACAAACACAAGUCCGUUUUCCCGGUGACGUCGCAAAACAGAGCACAUAUUCAUCAACAUGUUAAGUACGAAAAUAGAUUUUGUCUUUAAAUUAGGACAAAACGUAAUGGAAUUUUGCAUGAACAUUUAUUCUGUAUUUAUGACCAGCUAUGCAAAAUUUUAUCAGUACAAAUUUACUAUAAACAAAGUUGUUGCAACUUGAAUAUGUGCUAUGCUAUUCUUAAGUAUACGUUUCAAACUUAAAACCUUUGGUCUGACAUUCAUGUGACAUUCAUAUGACAUUCAGGCCUUUGGUCUGACAUUUAUGUGACAUUCAUAUGACAUUCAGGCCUUUGAUCUGACAUUCAUGUGACAUUCAUAUCACAUUCAGGCCCUAUUGUUGCUUUGUAAAGACCUUUGGUCUGACAUUUUAUAUGACAUAUAGUGUGUAAUUGUGUGUGAUUUUAAACGUGAUAUUUAUUUUGUGUAAGUGUACAUACUAGUUUGUAAUAAAGAAUGUUUGAUUAUU